AUGAUUAUUUCUUUAUCCGAGUGCAUCAUCUUGUUUACAGUACAAAUCGCGGAAUGUGUUGCUAUAGUAACGGUGAACCUCCUUACCAUCAUUCUUUUUAUAAAGAACAAAAGCCUUCGCACUCGCAGCAUGUACUUGGUUAUGAGCUUAACUGUGGCCGACUUGUUGGCUGGAAGUCUUUCCGGGAGUGUUGAUAGUUUUUUUAGCCAAAACCGUUUUUGUCCCCUUGUAAAAAUUUAUUCUUUAUCUAGGGAAGUUAGAAUUGCAUUUCUUGUUCUUAUCCCUCUCUUUCCUUUUGUCUCCCUGACAAACAUUGCUGUGAUUUCUUUAGAGCGAUUUCACGCUACGUUUCGUCCAUUUAGGCAUCGGCUCAUGAAGAGAUGGGUCUUUUUGGUAGCAAUUGCUGUUGUCUGGGUUUUAUCUAUUAUUACAUUAGUCGUUGUGGGGAUAGAAUAUUCUCUGAUGACACGCCACCCGCUUUACUUGUCGGCAUCAUACUGUUGUUUGUGUUUAAUUGUUACCUUUGUUUCUUACACGUCCAUUCUGUUUAAGUUUCGUUUCGGAACUCAUCCUCAGCGCCAUUGUGCAGCUGCUUUAAGGCAAAGAAAACUAACUGUCACAUUAUUUAUAACAACUUUAGUAUCUUUACUGUUGUGGUUACCAUACAGUAUAUUAUAUCUUUUUGUUGACCGGUCAACUUAUAUAAGUUUAAAUUCCCUUUCUGGCCUAGAAAGAAUUCGUUUGCUUUUUUCACUGAAUUCUUUGCGUUAUGCAAACUCCCUUGUAAAUCCCAUUUUAUACACAAUCAGGAUGCCAGACUUUAAAAAAGCUCUGCUCUCAUUCUUAAGACGUCAUCAAAGAGAAAAUGUUGCUAUCCCGCUGAAUCGUUACUAAUGGGGGAUAUCGCAAAAUUUAAUUAGUCAAUCUUGUAAGUAGCUAUAUAAGAAAAAAAGAAAUGGAAGACACCCUUAAUGCAUGUAAAAACAUAAAUAGAAGCACAUUUAAAGCUACAUUAGGCUAUAUGUUAAGGAAGCUACGGAACAAAUAAAGAUUAGGCGUGAUGAAGAAAUGCUUAAAGUGUGUUCAAUUUGGAACUCUGCUUUGGUGGAAUGCGAUGUAGAAAGAUAAAUGAGGCUAUGUUAAUAUUUUGCCGGAUAGUUAUUGCGGAAGUAGGAAAACCAUUCAGGAAAUAUACCCCUCAAAUACCACACUUUUCAAAACCAGCCGCUCUCGCACACCAUGUAAAUGUCACACGUCACGCAAAAGAGUAGAAAUUCAAGCAUACUGACUCCGGCACCGCAAAAUGCUCCAACAGCCCCAAGAGGUGCACCGACGAUAAUUCCAGGGCCAGUAUGAGGCUAAAGGCGUCGCCAGCAUAGGUGUACGGGCUAUUUUUUGCCACGUGGGGGGGGGGGGGGGGGGGGGGGGGGGGGGGGGGGGGGGGGGGGGAGGGAGAGGAGGUUGGCGGUCAACCAUUUGCCCAAGAAAUUUUUGCAAGUUGCUCAAAUUUUUACAAAACAGUCGAAAAGAAACGAGGGCCGAUGCAACAACCUAGGCCGUACCAGCAUAUAAAAAUAGCUCGAUACAGUUUUUCAGAGACAAUACCUGCCAGGUUUGAGCAUAAACUAGUACGUCGCCAUAAACAAACAUUUGGAAAAAUUGCCAACGCAGUUGUGUUAGAUAAAGAUGAAAAUUUGUUGUGAUCAGGGUUGCAAUGACAUCGGAGUAGUCAUAGCAACGAAUGGAAUGCGAUGUAGGAAGAUAAAUGAGGCUAUGUUAAUACUUUGCCGGACAGCUUGUGCUGAAGCAUGAAAACCAAGCGGAAAGAUACCCCUCAAUUAUCACACUGUUUUAACCAACAUGACAGCCGCUAUAGGCCGCCAUGUAAAUGUCACGUCAAGCAAAAGAGUAGAAAUUCAAGCGUACUGACUGUCACAAAACGAAAAACCAUUUGGAAGUGAAAAUUUGUCUCAAUAUUAGUUUUUAGCUGCUCUAAUAUUACCCAGCAUUAAAUGUCACAGAUUAUAUCAGAGUCAUGUCACCUUCAAUGGACAAGAAAACAUCGGCGAAUCAGUAUCUGUGGGCCAAUUAUUUAACUGAUAAAUAAUAAAUUUCCGGUACACCUGUCCAGUUGUAAUUUCCAGUGGUGUAGGAAAAAUUAGAAGAAUAAAAAGUGUCGCAGUUAGUACCCAACAGUAAACAGCUAUUUAAAAGACCAUACCAGAUCUCCUUAAUUGAAAUGAAACAUAAAAAUUGUCGCUGUUUCGUGCUAUAAUUAUAGUGAAGUUUAAUUUGUGGCUGUAAAAGAAGAGUUGUAAGCCAAUUCAUUUCAUCAAAAAUAAAGAGAAAAAGUAGUUCAUGAUCAACCUUUUAAAGCAUGGAUUUGGUUGUCUCUAACAUUAAAUAUGGUUAAGUGAACGUUACGCGAUAUCGUCAACUGGCUGUUACAGAGCUGAAAUAAUAUUUUACCGCUCAAAUCGGGAAUCUUCGUAAGCAGGAAGAAAGAAUAAGAAACUAUAUAGAUACUUUUUUUUUUUCAGGCUUUAAACUGCUAAUAAUCUUUCACGUGUGAAACUCUCUAAAUUGCCGUAACUUAUCAACCAAAAAUCGAGUAAAACAGGAGUGUAAUACUCUCCGCAUUUUGGAUAGCAGCAACUAAACUGCCACUUUUAAAAACAAAGGAGAACUAAUUCUGGUGGAUGCGUCAUUGAGUACAUAGCAUGAGAUAGGGUAUUUUUUUCAGACGAAUAUUUCGAAAAUAUUAAAAAUAUCAACUUUGUGUUGCACGCAGUACUAUCUGAUGACGGACAACCAUGCAUGAUGUAUUCUUUUGUCAGUGAAAUUUACAUAUAGCAGUUAUAAGCUCUCUGUUAAUUUGCUUCACUUAGAGUCAUUAAGUGACUGAUAGAUCACCUCAAACUUUGACAGAACCACAUAACUUGUCACCAUCAUGAAAAUAGAAAAAGAAAUAAAGAAACAUAAGACCCGUUUUCACAGUAGAAAGUCCUGCUUCCCUUUGUCUAAAACCAUAUUUAAUUAUGUUGUGUGCCCAAAUGCAAGAGCCAUCCCUCAACAGAAGAGAAAAAAAAAAUGUUACUAACAAUCGAGCACUUAAUAAGCUGGCCUCUAGGGAUAUACAAUUUUACCAAAGCUUAUACUGGCAUCGUCUCACUAACAUACACUCUUGCUAACCCUUACUAGUAACAAGCACCUUCACACCUAAACAAAAUAAUUAAAAUAAUGAUAAUAUAUAGAUUUAACCAGGGCUAAAAGCGAAGCUCCCAUUAAUAAAUUUAUUAUUUAAAUCAAACAAUAAACUUGUAAUCCACAAAUCAGUUAACUUAAGGGCAAAUUCAUGUGACUAAGUGAUUUUAGAGUGAAACAUCUUACAUCGAGUUGAUGGCCAUAUGAAACACCCAAAAAAUAGCAAUCAUCUUCAAUCACAUUAAAAAACCAUAAUGACUGUUGAUCACAGUAGAUUAGAAUUGGAAAACAAAUUCUUGGAAAACAAAUCAGGCCAAAGUUUUUGCUUUCGACAAGUUUACUUUACAAAAUCUUGCCAACAAAUCCGGGGAUGUGUAAACCAACCUUUUAUACUUUUUACACAUCACAUCUGAGGUGAAACAGUAAUGUUUAUCAUACAGACCUCGCACAGAAUGCGGUAUUUCACAAUUUUUCAAAACAAAUUGCACUCAGUCAAUAUUCAGGACGAUCAAUUGUAGGCUUUUAGCGAAACCGUUCAAAAAAUUUCCAAAAUCACCUAUAAGGCCAGCCAGUUCUCGCUUUUAAUGAGCGCCAAAUUUGCAGUGAACAUUAAUAGAGUUACACUUCAACAUAAUAAAUAUUUUUUUAUUUAAGGGUUUUAUAACGAUGUGUAAUCUUAAAAAACGAUUGAUACGCGCGCAAUUUUGAGAUAAUUCCUGCAAGCGAUGUUCAUGAACGACUAAAAACGAAAGGCACAGCGAUUAAAAUUGCAAGAGAGACUACUAACGAUCACUAAAAGAAAUAUAAUUCGGUGAAACAUUUACAAAGACAACAAUGUUCAUUCACGAUGACAAGUAUGAAAGCGUUUCUAAAAAUCCUGAGUCUUAAAGCCGGCUUCCCGGUGUUUGCUUUUCUCAAAGAUCGCUCAAAGUUUUCUUUCUACAGCCAAAUUUAUAACUAAAUAUUCUUCGGAAUGUUUUCUUUCUAUUUGCGGUGAGAAAAUAUACCUAAAGGCUUUUUAAAGUUCUGCAAGUUUAUAUCAAACCUGAUACUAGGUCCGAUCAUUGCCUCAAAUCAUAUCUUACAAACGUGCAUAAACUUGCUGCAUAAACUGUGCUCGACUAUAUUAAAUUAGAUAUAUAUAAAAAAAACAAGCAUUAAAUACAAUCAUUACUCAGGCUUACUAUUCGAGAUGCAGCUCCUGAAAGCUACCAAGUAACGCGAGAAUAGCUUGAGAAUUUUGCGAAUCCUCUUUAGGCCUCAAGCAAGGUGAAAAACGAAAACGAUGAAAUCCAAAAUCGGAUUUCCGACUUUGACAAGCGACGGAUCUCUCAACCAAAAAACCAAUAAACAAACUAUCCAUGAAUAACAGAAUACUCUCGAUAGCAGCUGUAUUUCAUUUUGUACAUCCAGUGGAAAAAGAUAGUUAAAAACAUCACAAGUUGACUCAAAACUCUGUCAGCUUCAGCUGUCAAAGUAAACAACUUUCAAGAUGCUGCAUUAAUUUUCUGCAUGAACUCACCUGUCAAAUUUUGACCAAUCAGAGCAUAAAAAUUGGACGUGGAGCGUGACCAACGCGUGAAAAGGUCUUCCCCACAUGUUUUUUUAAAAAACUGGCUGAAUUUUGGCGUCCAAGAUCAGUUUCGUACCAAGAAGUAAAGCUCAGAUACGUAUCUUCUCUAGUGGCAAGUGCUUUGUGACCGACAAAGAAACUCAAACAAGUCAGGAUACAUUAGACCUUGUCUGGCUUCACUCGUUUAUAUCGCCGGGAGUCUUCGUUUUGCUGUUUUUUUUUUUAAACUGCCAGCGUCCUUUUGAAAGAAGGUAAAUAUAAUUCCAGUAGAAUAUGUUACGUCAAUUUACAUACGAUUUCGCAUCGCAUUGUCUAGGUAAAGAGAAAAUAUAAAUUCUUAAUAUUCUAAAGUGGCCAGAAACACACACACAAACCGGUUCCUUUUAAUUUUGUAAGCUAAAUUUGAGCUUUUGUAUACAGUUUAAUAACACAAGCGAUCAGUUUAUUUUUUUUAAAAGGAUUAACGGCUUUAUCAAACUUUAUUUUAGAUUUCUCCCUAUGAUUUUGCCUUUUUCUGCAACCGUAGUUGAUAGCGGUCUCAUCUACUUACAACGAAAAACAGACGGCGUCUAAAAAGGUGACCAGUUCACUGAUAAGGUAGGCUAGUGCUUCAUUUCUGAGGGCUGAAUUUCUUUGUAUUAAUGCUACAAGCUCGAUGAAUAUAGCAAAAACACAGUCAGAUCCUCUAAAGUUAAACAUGUGACUCAGUUCAAACAAAAUGUGAAUGAACCUGAGAGUUCCCAAAAGAAGUUUUUGUCCUUUGAGGAGGAUGAAUUGUUAGAUUUUUUAGUCUUAAUUAUGUCUAGUAGAGAUCUUAUAGAUCUUAUUAGAAGCCAUAAAUUAGCGUUCACAUGCGUUUGCAUUUUUAACCGAAAAUCUAUGAUGGGAUAUCUUUGAAGGCAGUUGUUGAUCAUGAAACAGUCCAAGCAAUAGGCUCAGCCACACGUUGCUCGGCAACUUUUCGGCAGCUUUUGAGAUUUUGGGCAUCUUUUGCGAUUUUCGGCAACUUUUAACAUUCUUGGCAAGUUCUGAUUUAAAUUAUUUUUUACUUUUUUUGCGACAUUCAUUACCUAUCGAAAAAAACGUCAGCUAAUUUCAACUGGUUUAUACUACUGAGUGAGAGUGUGGACUCCUGGACCGGCCCAAUUACCAAUGCCAGCUUGGUGUUGCACGCCUGUCCAUGAAGUAAACGGUAUCACAUACAUGAUCUGUUUUUCAAAAUGGCGGCCAACAAUGUCCAGCUGGGAAGAACGUGCAGAUGAAGAGGCGAUCAAUUCAACUGUUGAAUUUGAGUUCUAUUAAUCAAUGAAGUUUUGUCAAAAAAAAGAAAUACGAAUAAAACCUACUUAUACAGUGUGCACGAUCAAAACCGCAAUGAAAUCAACUUCAAGCGCAAACAAAUAAUGAUAAUAAUAAUAAUAAUAAUAAUAAUAAUAAUUAUUAUUAUUAUUAUUAUUAUUAUAAAAACAGGAACUUUUCGGCAUGCAACUUUUAGAAACUUAUGUCGGCACCUUUUUGGUAAUUCGUCAGCAAACUUGUGGCUAAGUCUACCAAGUAACGGAUCUUGAACAAGCACUGCAUCUUCUGAAAAAUGAAUGUAAUCCUUCAUUACAAUAGCUGCCAGUUCCGACUUAUAAACAAAACACAGCGGCCGACAGUUUCAUUUUCGAACCUCUGCUUCUGUUACGAAAAAAAAAAUUGAACAGGAACUUAUUCUUUCAUUAAAAUUCGGUGAACAUGUGUUUGACUUUUCGUGUAAAACGGCCUCAAAUUUGAGUUCCCAAUAAGUACCAAAAAAAUUGUUUUUGGAAGUGCUACUAACAGUUUAUUUUUGAGGAAACUGAGUUUUGAGAAAGUUCGGCACUAAAUCACUUUAUAUUUCACCUAUUUCUUCCUCGUGAAACAAGUGAAAUGUUCCGCCAUUUUUUACUCAUUACCAAAACAACUCAACCUAGUCCUUUGUAUUUUCCAGUUUUAACUGUUUCAUAAUCUGUCAGUUUUGCUGUCAUUUAUUCACAUAUCACAAACUUCUUCCAAUUUAAGCGAUGAAUUAUGCGUGUCAUUAUAGCCAAUCAGAAACGCAUAAAUAUUUUAAAUUAAUAAGAGUCUAAUAAUAAUGAUCUUUCUUUACACUGAUCAUAGUUUAUAUAUUGUUCUUACAGGUUAACAGUUACGAGUAACACAAAAUCAAGAAACAAUAACACCAACGACGAAAAUAACUCAACAUGUUUUUGUCUUCAUCCGAGUGUAUCAUCUGGGUUACCGUAUUCACCGCCGAGUUUGUUGCUAUAGUAACAGUGAAUCUCCUUGCCAUUAUUCUUUUUAUACAGAACAGAACCCUUCGCACUCGCAGCAUGUUCUAG